AUGUUUGCCCAAGAAGGCAACAAACUCAUCUUCCGCUACGAUGCCGAGCACCUCUGGAUCGAGCCGUGGGGCCCCAACGCCCUGCGCGUCCGCGCCACCAAGAACCACCAGAUGCCCGCGGAGAACUGGGCGCUGGACGUGACGCCGCCUCCUCUCCCAGACCAACCAACCAUCUCGAUCGACAAAACGGCAGCAACCGGCGGCGCGACCAUCACCAACGGCAAGAUCCAAGCCUCGCUCACGGCGCGCGGCAAGCUCACGGUGCGCAACGCGCACACGGGCGCGCUGCUGCUGGAAGAGUACUCGCGCAACCGCAAGGACGUGACGGACCCGAAGUGCAGCGCGCUGGAGGUCGAGGCGCGCGAGUUCCGGCCGCACAUGGCGGGCAGCGACGCGUACGAGCUGACGGCGCGGUUCGAGUCGCUCAGCGCGCGCGAGCGCCUCUACGGCAUGGGCCAGUACCAGCACGCGCUGCUCGACCUCAAGGGCGCGGACCUCGAGCUCGCGCACCGCAACUCGCAGGCCAGCGUCCCCUUCGCCGUGUCCAGCCUCGGGUACGGCCUGCUGUGGAACAACCCGGGCGUCGGCCGCGCCGUGCUCGGCAAGAACGUCAUGAGCUUCGAGGCCAGGGCGACCAAGGCGCUCGACUACUGGGUCGUGGCGGGCGAGGAGCCGAGGGAGCUGGAGCGCGCGUAUGCCGGCGUGACGGGGACGGUGCCGAUGAUGCCCGAGUACGGGCUGGGGUUUUGGCAGUGCAAGCUGAGGUAUCAGACGCAGGAGGAGCUGCUCGAGGUGGCGAGGGAGUAUCGCAGGAGGGAGCUGCCGAUUGAUCUGAUUGUGAUUGACUUCUUCCACUGGCCGAAGCAGGGCGAGUGGAAGUUUGAUCCGACGUACUGGCCCGAUCCGGAUGCGAUGAUCAAGGAGCUGAAGGAGCUGAAGAUCGAACUGAUGGUGUCGAUCUGGCCCACGGUCGACAAGGUGUCGGAGAAUUACGACGAGAUGGUGGAGCAUGGCUACCUUAUCCGGACGGACCGCGGAGUCAGGACUGCCAUGGACUUCAUGGGCGAUACCGUCCAUGCGGAUUUCACCAACCCUGGCGCCCGACAGUAUGUAUGGCAGAAAGUAAAGCAAAACUACUGGGACAAAGGCGUCCGCGUCUUCUGGAUCGACGAGGCCGAACCGGAAUACACCGCGUACGACUUCGACAACUACCGCUACCACCUCGGCCCCAACCUCCAAAUCGGCAACCUCUACCCGCUGCACUACGCGCGCGCCUUCCACGACGGCCAAUCCGCCGCGGGGCAAGCCUCCAUCGUCAACCUCGCGCGCUGCGCCUGGGCGUCGUCGCAAAAGUACGGCGCCCUCGUCUGGAGCGGCGACAUCGCGUCGUCGUGGCCCGUCUUCCGCGCGCAGCUGGCCGCCGGCCUCAACAUGGGCCUCGCCGGCAUCCCGUGGUGGACGACCGACAUCGGCGGCUUCCACGGCGGCGACCCGGCCGACGAGGCCUUCAGGGAGCUGUUCGUGCGCUGGUUCCAGUGGGGCGCGUUCUGCCCCGUCAUGCGGCUGCACGGCGACCGCGAGCCGCGGCAGCCGAGGCACGGGGACAGCGGCGGGGCCGAGUGCAGGAGCGGGGCCCCGAAUGAGGUGUGGUCGUAUGGGGGCAGCGUGUAUGCCAUCUGCAAGAAGUGGAUGGGGGUGAGGGAGCGGUUGAGGCCGUAUACGCGGGGCCUGAUGAGGGAGGCGCAUGAGAAGGGCGAUCCCGUGAUGCGGACGUGCUUCUAUGAGUUCCCGGGGGAUGCGAGGGCGUGGGAGGUCGAGGAUCAGUAUCUGUUUGGGUCCAAGUACCUCGUCGCGCCGGUGCUGUAUCCGGGGGUGAAGACGAGGGAAGUGUACUUCCCGAAGGGCGCCACGUGGAAGGCAUUUGAAGGCGGUGCUACGUUCGAAGGUGGGACCACGGCAGAGGUAGGGACUCCGAUCGAGUCUAUGCCGGUGUUUGUGAGGCAGUAG